AUGCGUACAGCAGCCACGAGCAGAGGAGGACCAACCAGUGCCAACGACCCCCGGGGGGACCCUGACAUGCAAGAAUCCAAGUUUGAUGCCCCCCGAAAGACCGCUGGCAGAUUCCAACAGCAAUUCGAGUUCAUCGAGGGACUAAGCAGCAGAGCUCAACGGAAAAAGACGCGAUCAUGGGUCACCACGCAACACUAUCGGCGAAAGCGAUAUGAAGCAGGAAACGCUGUGUUGGAGUCCGGCCAGGGGCCCGAGGCCGAGUCCACGAAACCCUCAGUCACAGCUCCCAACAAUUCCAAGCCCAACAACGAAGGGGAUCGACAUACCGAAGAUGGAGCUGGCAUUGCUGUGCGACAUGCGUGGAUAGAGAGGUCCUCAUUUCUGCCACGAUUGGGAGGCGGGCGGGCGGAUCCUUUCAAUUCUUAUCCUAUCCCGGCCACCCGUGAUGUACAUGCACUCGUGGACCAUUACUACUUUGUGAUCCCCUCGCUUGUCCACAGACAUUGGGCCAGGGCGGUUCGCAGGCCACGAGCGUGCUGGGACCUGUUCAACCUCUACCGCAACAAUGAGAUCCCAUUUUUAGGAAUGCUCCAUCACGCGGCGCAUCACUUGGCUGGAAUGAGAGGAAAUCCCAUAUCUUUGCAGACAAUCGAGUUUAAGCAACGAACACUCGCAGCGGUAAACCAGAGCCUCCAGCGGCUGCAGGGACCUUGUGAUGACUGGACGAUUAUUGGCGUCGGCCUCCUUGCAAAUGCAGAGCGAGUCUGGGGCGAUAGGGAAAUCGCACGAAUGCAUUGGGGAGCUCUCAAGCGAUUACUUCUGGAACGGGGGGGCUUUCGAGCGCUUCAGAACAAUCCGCCAAUGCAUACAAAGCUGGUCUGGAGUUUCAUCGCAUUGUCAUGGCCGACGACAAAUGGCAACCCGGCGUAUGUGGACAGCUUCAUCGAAUCGUCGGCGGCGUUGCCUGUGUCUCCAAGAGCACACCCAGACUCAGAUUUCAGGCGCAGUUGUGAGGAAUUCACCGAAUUCUUCAACACACGACGGAGCCAGGUCUUGAAGAGUCUCCCUUCGACCGCUGCGCAACAUAGGCGAUUCAAAACCUAUCGUUAUCGGCCAACGAUAUUCCGAGAAGGUACAGAAUUGGCAAAUGCUCUGAAAGCGAUCGAGACGGGGUACGAAAGCCCAGACAAACGACGAGCGGUGGAUAAUUGCCGCAUUGCUUGUUUGAUACACCUCAACCUGGUCAUGGCCGAGUAUGGUGACUUUUCGCCAGCAACCGAGGACUAUCUUCAGGCUCUGCAACGAAUCCUCCAAGACGACGACGACGACAGUAGUCUCAGUGCCGAGCACUUGUUAUGGACGCUGCUUACAGCGUUUAGACCUCAUGGCCACUACGAGCGGAUAUGGAAGAUGUCUAGAUUGGUAGGCGUGGUGAAGAGGACGGGGACGCGGACUUGGAUGACGAUCGAGGACACGCUCCGUGCAUUUCUACGCUUGCCGGAGUCAAUCAACGAUCUUGAAUCUGCGCUGUCUGCGUGUAACCGAGAAGAAUUUUUGGGCGAGGUCAUUGCUCUUGAGAAUGUGAACGCUUGUAUUCUGGACACCCAGCUGAUCGGGAUGGACCAGCGACAGCACGACGUCCCAUGCUCUGAUGGUUGUCAUAUUUGUCCUCUCAAGCCGGCGACGUUCUGA